AUGCUAGAAGGCAACAUUUCAACAUUUCUUGAUAUGAUUUUGAAUUAUUAUAAGGCAAAAUCUCUUAGAGAGUUUAGGGGAUAUAAUGAAGUAGCGUUCCAGACCGCAGUCGAAUUACUACUUCCCACAAACAUUGUAAAUGGAAACGGUUUAAAUUCAAGCAUAAUAUUGGAACUAAAGUGUAUAUCGUUGGUAGGUCUUCUGAGUGGAGAAGAAGGAAGAUGGAUUGAUAAUCCAGGUUAUAAAUCGUUAAUGGCAUUAGAUGCAAAACUUGAAAAAGAAACCGAAAAUGAACUAUUAAAAAGAAUUUAUUUUUAUUGGUGUAAAGAGAAAAAGAAAUGUGAACGAGUAAACGGAUCGGGAGUUUGUGAUGAUAAAAUUAAAAUAGAGAAAGGCGAGGGAUUUUUGGGAGGUUUUCUUUUGGUCUCGAUUGCUGUAUCAACAAAUUAA